AUGUUGAUUUAUUUCGAAGCCGAGAGGUUUAUGAAGCCCAGUCUGGAAGGCUCUUUGAUUUCCAGGAUAUUUGAAGAUGCAGGAAGCAAAAAGAUCCGAAGCAAUCCUAAACAGGUCUAUGCAUUGGUAAUAUCGACCUUGAAGUAUACUGAUUAUCUAAAAGAGAUAAUCAAAAAAUCAGGUAUAUUGAAGCAGGGUGGGAACAGCAAGAGCAAAAUACCUAAAAAGCUAACCAAAGAUUUGCUAAUUCUAUUAGUUCAUGAUUUGUUGUUCACUAAACAGGGUAGAAUACAAUCAGCGAAGCACCCAAUCAAGGAUUUUGUACUAGCUAAUAAAACAAGACUCAAUUCAGAGUUUAUCAAGUUGAAGUUGAAAUAUAAAGUCAAAAGCAUCACUGAAUUUCCGGUCAAUCAAGAUCAAGAAAAUAACAGCGAUUAUAACGAAGAUAGCACACCAGUUCGCUGGUUUAGAAUAAAUACAAUAAAGGUCAAGGCUGAAAGUGUUUUGAAGAAGGAUCCAUUUUUCAAAAAUUUGAAGCAAGUUCACACAAUAGAAGAUUUGUUCAAUUGUCUAGGAAAUAUCUAUCACGAUGAAUAUAUCCCCAAUUUGUUUGGCAUCAAUCCUCGGGAAAAAAUCACCAACACAAACGUUUAUAAAAGUGGAAAAAUCAUUCUUCAAGAUCGGUCCUCUUGUUUCCCUGCCUAUAUUUUGAAUCCAAAAGCUGAUGAAGAUGUAAUAAUUGAUGCAUGCGCAGCCCCAGGAAAUAAAACAAGCCAUUUGGCUAUGUUAAUUGACAAUAAAACAAAUGGGAUUAUUGCUUUUGAAAAGAAUGAAAAAAGAGGUGAAAUUUUAAAAAAAAUGAUUAACAAAGCAGGUGCUAAGGAUUGUGUGAAUGUCAAAAUCGGAGAUUUUACAAGAUGCAAAAAAAAUGAUUACCAAAAUGUCACAAAGAUGAUCAUUGACCCUUCGUGUUCAGGAAGUGGUAUUUUUCGACGAGCUGUUGACGACAUGAUUCUUCAGAAAAAUAAUAUUGAAGAGGAAUUAUCGUUAAAAAAAAAAAUUGACAUUGGGAGAAUUGAAAAACUAUCAUCAUUCCAAUUUAGCAUUGUUAAAUUUGGCCUUCUCUUUCCAAAUGUCAAAAAAGUGGUUUAUUCAACAUGCUCAAUUCAUCCUGAGGAGAACGAACAAGUCGUCAUCGACUUAUUGAAUGACUUUGAAAUAAAAUCUAAAAAUUGGAGACUUUGCUCAAAAGAUGAAGUUAUACCACAAUGGAAAAGAAGAGGUUGGAAAAAAGAAUUUAUUAAAAAGGGCUAUUCAAUUCAAGAUAGUGAAGACCUAGCUGCUGGUUGUGUAAGAAGUUUGCCAAAAUUGGAUGGUGGUAUUGGAUUUUUUGCUGCCUCAUUUAUCCGAGAAUAA